AUGAUAACUGAUGGGAGAGGUGGAUGGCAGCUUACAAGUAGUGGGAAGGCCCACCAUGGCUCUGUGUGGAAGGUGACUUGGGCCCAUCCUGAGUUUGGACAGGUGCUGGCAACAUGCUCAUUUGAUAGAACUGCUGCUAUUUGGGAAGAAGUUGGUGAUACAACAGCUUCUGGGUCUGAGAAAGGUCUACGCACAUGGGUCAAGCGGUCAAACUUAGUCGAUUCACGAACUUCAGUCACAGAUGUCAAAUUUGGUCCGAAACAUUUGGGGUUAUUACUAGUCACUUGCUCAGCAGAUGGGAUUAUACGAAUAUACGAAGCUCCGGAUGUAAUGAAUCUGGCGCAGUGGACGUUGCAGCAUGAGAUUCCUACUAAAGUUUCAAUUAGUUGCUUAUCAUGGAAUCCUACAUUAUCCAGUAACAGAGUAAAUCCGCCUAUGUUGGCCGUGGGCAGUGAUGAACCAAACGUCUCUAACAGCAGCAGCAACCAGGCUGAUAAGCCUGGAUGUAACGGAAAAGUGUUUAUCUAUGAGUAUGCGGAAACGUCGCGCCGCUGGACUCGUACAGACUGUAUGUCGUCAGUAAUGGAGCCCGUGAACGACCUUGCCUUUGCACCCAACCUCGGUCGUUCCUUCCACCUAUUAGCUGUCGCCACCAAAGAUGUAAGGAUAAUCAAGAUUGAACCACUGCCAGAAUCGUCAACCGCGACAACGGCAAACGGCAGCUGCGGAGUUCGUUUCAAGACUGAAGUGAUGGCCGCCUUUGAAGAUCACUAUUCCUGCGUGUGGAGGGUCUCGUGGAACGUCACCGGCACUCUGCUCGCUUCCUCAGGCGAUGACUGCUGCGUCAGGUUGUGGAAGAUGCAAUACCUGAACCAGUGGAAGUGCGUGGCGGUGCUGCGCAGCUCCCCGCAGAGCGGCGAGGCGGCGCCGCAGUCGCGCGCGCACACCACCUACACGCGCCUCGCCGCCAUGGCCAACCCCGCGCACAUGCCCUACCACUGA